AUGAAAAAGAGUCGAAGCAGACAUUGCGGACCCGAUAAAGAUUAUGGCCCCAAUGCAACUCAACCUGAUCUAAGUGAAACAGAUCCUAGUAACUAUGAGCAAUACAAAGAAGCUCAUCAUGAAAAGCUUCGUAACCGUCAAAAAAAUCGAACGACACUUGAAACUGAGACAAGAAAUCAUCCAUUCAGUGAACCACACGGUUAUGAAAAAGAUAUGAUUCCUUCUCACCUGUUUGGAAAAAUAUGUGGAAUGCGGGAAACAACUUCAUGUAGUUCUGUCAUCAAUGAUAUAUGUAAUCCUUUCUUGUUUCAUGAAGAUGUAUUGCUGACAAUGGAAGAUCAGAGACUGAAAGCUCUUCAGCUUUUGGAAACGCAAAUCGGUAAAAAAAUUGUACCUUGCGGUAUAGUUGUUUCUCAUAAUGCUGAAACCUUUUACUUAUGUGCAAGGCCUGACGGUCUUGUUGAUAACGAUUCUAUUGUUAUUAUUGUUAGUGUCUCGGAUGAUGAGCAAACUAACAUCAAUGCCGCUUUACACAGUCAUAAAGAUAUGAAAAAUUUGUUUGCUAAGACAGCAUCCAAUAAAAUCAACACUAAACAUCCAAUAUUCUCCAUAAUUCAAGGUCAACUUUAUGUUACUAACAAGCAAUUUUGCUACUUUGCGGUUUAUACGCCUAAUGAUUUAAAAAUUGCUGAAAUAAUUCAUAAAGAUGACAAUUUCUGGUUGGAAAAAAUGAAGAUGAAGCUUCACAGGUUCUAUUAUUCUGCUCUUAUCGAUGGAAUCGUUGACAGUAGAUUAUCACGGAGCUUGCCUAUUCGCGAGGCUCCAUUUACUAUCGCAGCAAGAGCUAAAAAGAAUCUGGCAGAAACUAAUAAAGAUACCCCAAUAGCACAGCAGUCCAGUAGUGCUUCAACUGUUCCAGUUGAUGCGUCAACGAACGAUCAUGAUGAGGAGCUUAUAAACGAUUAUCGAACCGUAGUAUUAAAUCGACCGCUUGAACAAUUUAAAAAUAAUAUUUUAAAUGAAGACAGUCUUUUGGAUGAUCUUACAAUUUCUCGCUUUUUACUAAUGAUAGAAAACCGAAAUUUUACAAUAGAUUUACCAAUAACUGCUGCGAACCCUCUUCAGCAAUCAACUUCAGACAAUGAUUUAGCGAUCAUAGGUGGACAGGCAGAUAAUCAGCAUUGGUGUUGUAUACAUUAUGAUGGUCAUCAAGUAGCUAUUUAUGAUAGCUUGAACCGAAAUAAUUUAAAUCUGUUGCGUGAACCGGAAAAAAGAUACCUACAGGUUCGAUAUCCACAACAAUAUAAACGAAAGGAAAUAUUUUUCAAAGUUGUAACUCGACAACCUGACGGUAGUACGUGUGGAGUGUAUGCUGCUGCAUACGCUACUACUAUUGCAUUAGAUGGCAAUCCAUGUACGAUAAAUUAUUCUAAAGAUGCUGCAGCGAUGCGAAAGCAUCUUUUUCAAAUAAUUUCUCAGAAUCAAUUAGUACAAUUUCCUCGUAUGUCUUAA